AUGAUAGGAUACUUAGAAUUAUUAAAUAUAUUGUUAUUUUUGGUAUAUAACCUUAAUAGUAUAAGAACUCAAACUAUACAAGAAGAUACCCAAUUAUUUGGAAUUAGAAAUGUUUAUACUAAUAAAGUACCUUCAAAAUUAAAAUAUGAAGGUAUACCUUUAGUAAUGCAGGAAUUUAAGGUUAAAUUUAUUAAAGAAGUUGAUCCUUAUUUAAAAGUAGAGACACCUUUCCAAAAAAUUGUAGAGGCAAAACCAGUUCUUGAAUCUUGUGAAGAAAAAAGUGAUAAACUUUUAUUUAAGACAAAUUACAUAAUUGGUGAUAUAAUAAAAAAUAAAGAGAAGAUUGGAGAAAUAGAAUAUCCUCGUAAUGGUAGGAAAGAUAUAUUAUAUUCUUGGUGUGAUGGUAUAAUAAAAUAUAUUACUAAGAGUGGAGAACAUUCAUUCAAUGAUACUCUUUUUAUAAUAUAUUGUAGUGAUUCUGAAGAUUUUGAUUAUAAUAUUAAAUAUAGAGAUAAUUAUAUUGGUAAUGAAAAUAAUAUGGGAAAUGAUGAAUUUGAGUUAAAAUUGAGACAUAAUGAGACAAGAUUAAAUAAUAAAUAUGAGAAUAGAGAUAUGGUAAUUGAAGAAGAUAAAAUAAUAAAAUCAGAAUCAUGUAUUUUGUAUGACAAUAAAGGUGGAGAUUUAAUUGAAUCUAAUAUAUAUGAUGAAAAUAAUAUGAUUCAAUCUAAUACAGAUAAUGGAAAUUAUACAACCAGAUCUAAUACAGAUAAUGGAAAUCAUAUAAUUGAAUCUAAUACAUAUGAUGAAAAUCAUACAACUGGAUCUAAUAUAUAUGAUAAAAAUCAUACAACUGGAUCUAAUACAUAUGAUGAAAAUCAUAUAACUGAAUCUAAUACAGAUAAUGGAAAUCAUAUAACUGAAUCUAAUACAUAUGAUGAAAAUCAUAUAACUGGAUCUAAUAUAUAUGAUGAAAAUCAUACAACUGGAUCUAAUAUAUAUGAUAAAAAUCAUACAACUGGAUCUAAUACAUAUGAUGAAAAUCAUAUAACUGAAUCUAAUACAGAUAAUGGAAAUCAUAUAACUGAAUCUAAUACAUAUGAUGAAAAUCAUAUAACUGGAUCUAAUAUAUAUGAUGAAAAUCAUACAACUGGAUCUAAUAUAUAUGAUAAAAAUCAUACAACUGGAUCUAAUACAUAUGAUGAAAAUCAUAUAACUGGAUCUAAUACAUAUAAUGGAAAUCAUACAACUGGAUCUAAUACAUAUGAUGAAGAUCAUACAACUGAAUCUAAUACAGAUAAUGGAAAUCAUACAAUUGAAUCUAAUACAUAUGAUGAAAAUCAUACAACUGAAUCUAAUACAGAUAAUGGAAAUCAUAUAACUGAAUCUAAUACAUAUGAUGAAAAUCAUACAACUGGAUCUAAUAUAUAUGAUGAAAAUCAUAUAACUGGAUCUAAUACAUAUGAUGAAAAUCAUAUAACUGAAUCUAAUACAUAUGAUGAAAAUCAUAUAACUGGAUCUAAUACAUAUAAUGGAAAUCAUACAACUGAAUCUAAUACAUAUGAUGAAAAUCAUACAACUGAAUCUAAUACAGAUAAUGGAAAUCAUACAAUUGAAUCUAAUACAUAUGAUGAAAAUCAUACAACUGAAUCUAAUACAGAUAAUGGAAAUCAUAUAACUGAAUCUAAUACAUAUGAUGAAAAUCAUACAACUGGAUCUAAUACAUAUGAUGAAAAUCAUACAACUGAAUCUAAUACAGAUAAUGGAAAUCAUAUAACUGAAUCUAAUACAUAUGAUGAAAAUCAUACAACUGGAUCUAAUACAUAUGAUGAAAAUCAUACAACUGAAUCUAAUACAGAUAAUGGAAAUCAUAUAAUUGAAUCUAAUACAUAUGAUGAAAAUCAUAUAACUGGAUCUAAUAUAUAUGAUGAAAAUCAUACAACUGGAUCUAAUACAUAUGAUAAAAAUCAUACAACUGAAUCUAGUAUAGAUAAUACAAAUAAUAUGAUUCAAUCUAAUGCACAUAAAGAUAUUACAUCUGAAUUUGGAUUAUCAAAUUUGAAUGAAAUAUAUACAUAUAUUGAUACAAAUUUAAGAGGACCUAAUAAACCCAAUAAUAAAAAUUAUAAUGGAUUCAAAAUAGAAGCUGAAGAUUUAAAUUUAAAAGAGAAUAUACAAUAUGAUAAAGAUAUGAUUAAUGAGAUAAUUGAUUUUUCAGAUAAAAAUGAAACUGAUUUAAAUAAUCAAUCUUUAUAUAAUAAAUAUAGACAAAAAUUAAGAACACUUUCUAAUUCUGAAGAAUAUAAUAAUACAGUAACAGAUAUUAAUAAUAAUAAAAUAGAUGAAUCUAUUUCAUUUAAUGAAUUUAAUGAUACUAAAAGUGAAUCUCAAGCAGGAUAUAUUAAUGAUAAUAAUAUUCAAUUAUAUGGAAAUAAACAUUUUAUAUAUAUUAUUGUUAUUCUUAUAUCUAUUACCUUUAUAGUAUCACUUUAUUUAUGUUAUCGUUCAACAACAUCAUAA